AUGAAGAGCCAGCAGAGUAAUAUAUGGGGUGAAGAAGAACAAAAACAUAUUGGCAAGAUUGUUGAAUUUUUUCAAACUACUGAUAGGAAAAAUUAUUUCCGGGUCCAAUGGUUUUACAGAAUUCAAGAUACAGUUGUCAAAGAUGCAGGUGAUUAUCACGACAAGAGGCGUUUGUUCUAUUCAUCAAUAAUGAAUGAUAACUUAAUAGAUUCCAUAAUAGAGAAAGUGAAUGUUAGAUACAUAAAACCCAAGGUUGGUCCGAGGUCGACUUCUGUUUUACCAUCUAACUUCUAUUAUGAUAUGGAAUAUUGUGUUGAAUACUCUACAUUCCGCAAAAUACCAACAGAUAAUGUUGUUAAGAUUAAGGAGUCAUCACAACCUGCUGUGCUCGAGAGUCUCCCAACAGAGGCAUCUACUAUUUCCAAGACCCUACCUAGUUCUGAAUCACACAGGACAGAACUGACAUUGCUAGAUCUCUAUUCUGGCUGUGGUGGCAUGUCAACUGGACUGUGCUUAGGUGCCAAACUAUCAUCAGUUAGUCUUGUCGCGAGAUGGGCUGUUGAUAGUGAUACGUCUGCAACUGAAAGCUUGAAACUAAACCAUCCAGAGACGCACGUGAGAAAUGAAUCUGCAGAGGACUUUCUGCAACUAUUGAAGGAGUGGGAAAAGCUAUGCAAACGGUAUAAUGUUGGUGACACAGAAGGAAAAACUCCAAUACGGUCAAGGAGCUCAGUAGGAAAGAAGCAAGUGAAUUAUCAAUCUGAUGAUAGUUCUGAUGAUGAACUUGAAGUAUCUAGGUUAGUUGAUAUAUGCUACGGUGAUCCCAGUAAAACAGGAAAACAUAGUCUACAUUUGAAGGUGAACUGGAGAGGUUAUGAUGAAAGUGAAGAUACAUGGGAACCAAUUGAAAACUUACACAAUUGUAAGCAAGUCAUUCAGGAUUUUGUGAGAGAGGGGAUACAAUCAAAACUCUUGCCUCUUCCUGGUGAAGUUGAUGUUGUUUGUGGAGGUCCUCCAUGUCAAGGAAUUAGUGGAUAUAAUCGCUAUAGAAACAUGGAAUCACCACUGGAUGAUGAAAGAAAUCAUCAGAUAGUAGUUUUCAUGGAUAUAGUGAAAUAUUUAAAGCCCAAGUAUGUUUUAAUGGAGAAUGUGGUUGACAUAUUAAGAUUUGACAAGGGUUCACUUGGAAGAUAUGCUUUAGGUCGGUUGGUACAUAUGAAUUACCAAGCAAGAUUGGGAAUUGUUGCAGCUGGGUGUUACGGUCUUCCACAAUUUCGACUGCGUGUUUUCAUGUGGGGGACUCAUCCUGAUGAGGUCCUACCCCAGUUUCCAUUGCCAACACAUGAUGUUAUUGUUAGAUACUGGCCUCCACCUGAGUAUGAGCGUAAUACUGUUGCUUAUGCUGAGGACCAAAAACGAGAAUUAGAGAAAGCUGUUGUUAUUCAAGAUGCCAUCUCCGAUCUUCCUCCUGUCACAAACUUUGAAACUCGGGAAGAAAUGGCUUACAAAAAUCCUCCAGAAACAGAAUUUCAAAGAUAUAUACGGUCGACUAAGUAUGAGAUGACUGGAUCCACAUUAAAUGGAACAACAGAGCAAACUCAUUUAUUAUAUGAUCACCGACCUCACUUAAUGUCUGAAGAUGACUACCUACGCGUUUGUCAAAUACCCAAACAAAAGGGAGCGAAUUUCCGUAAUCUUCCUGGUAUAAUUGUUGGAGCUGACAAUGUGGUUAAGCCACAUCCAGUAGAGAAAAUUCCAUUGCUACCAUCUGGAAAGCCAUUGGUCCCAGAUUACUGCCUCACUUAUGAACAAGGGAAGUCCAAGAGGCCAUUUGGACGGUUGUGGUGGGAUGAGACUGUUCCUACUGCACUAACCUCCCCAAGUUGUCAUAACCAGGUAGUACUACAUCCAGCUCAGGAUCGAAUCCUCACUAUACGAGAAUUUGCCCGGCUGCAAGGAUUUCAUGAUUAUUAUAGAUUUUGUGGGUCUGUGAAAGCAAGGUACCGUCAAAUUGGAAAUGCAGUUGCUGUUCCUGUUUCACGAGCUUUAGGAUAUGCCCUAGGAAUUGCACAUAGGAAGCUUGGCAAAAAUGCAGGCGUAACCACCAUAGUUGAGUUGGAAAAUGCAGGCGACACCACCAUAGUUGAGUCAGAAAAUGCUGGCGACACCACCUUAGUUGAGUCAGAAAAUGCUACCAACACCAAAAUUGCUACCACCAUCUUUGAGUCAGAAACUGCUGCCAACACCAUUUUUGAGUCAGAAAAUGCUGCCAACACCGUUUUUGAGUCAGAAAAUGCAGGCGACACCACUGUAGUAGAGUCAGAAAAUGUUGCCGAAACGAUCAGUUUUAAUUUAGAAAAUGGUCAGGACACCACCAUUUUUGAGACGGACAAUGCUGCAGACACCUCCAUUUUUGAGUCAGAAAAUGCAGGUGACACCACCAUGUUUGAGUCAGCAAAUGCUGCAGAAACCACCAUGUUUGAAUCAGAAAAUGCUGGAGACACCACAUGUUUGAGUUAG